AUGAGCGAUCGUCAGGUAUUCAUUGGAAAUCUAUGUAAUAUAUCUACUGAUGUAUUACGUACAUAUUGUGAAAAAUAUGGAUUAUUAACAGAAUUAUCAGUAAAUCGUGAUAAAGAAAAUAAUGUUUAUCAUUGUUUUGCUUUUGUUACUUAUCAAUUUUCACGUAGUAUAUCCCAAUUUAUGUCUAAUCGACCACAUUUUAUAAAUGGUGAAGAAAUAUU